UGAGUGAUAUCCAAGGCAAAGGAUCAAGAAGAAGAAGGUGAAAGAGAAAGAGAUGGAGGCUAGUGUUCCUGAGGUGGAUUUUGAGAAGCUUUCAGAGGGAGAGGAGUUGAAGAAGCUAAGAGAAGCAUGUGAGAAAUAUGGUAUUUUAAGGGUCAUCAACCAUCCUAUUCCAGAAACACUGAUGAUAGAGAUGAAAUCAGUGGUCAAAUUCAUGCAUGAUCUUCCUUUAGAGAUAAAAAUGCGCAACAAAUCCAUAAUUCCUGAUAGUGGUUAUAUUCCACCGCAUCCAUCAAGUCCUCUAUAUGAGGCCAUGGCGAUAUAUGACUUUCAUAAAUCACCACAGGCACUUGAAGAUUUCUUCUCCCAGCUCGAUUUACCACCCCAUUACAGGAAAAUAGUAAAGUCAUAUGGGAAAGCAAUUCAUGAGUUGGCAUCAAAUAUAGCAAAAGAGAUGGGAAAGUCUUUGGGUAUAGAGGAUGUUGAUUUCAAGGACUGGCCUUUCAUUUUAAGAAGUAUUAAAUACAAUUUCAGCCCAGAAAAUAUAGGUGAAAUUGGAGUAAUGUUGCACUCAGAUACAGGAUUUAUCACUCUAAUUCAAGAUGAUGAAACUGUCAGUGGUCUUGAGCUGUUGGAUGAUUCUGGUUUAUUCAAAGUAGUGACUCCCAAACCAGGGUCCUUGCUCUGCAUUGUUGGAGAUGUUGGACGUGUUUGGAGCAAUGAAAAAUUUUGGAAUGCUAGGCAUCGUGUAAUUUGCAAUGAAACAUGUACUCGUUAUUCGUUUGGUGUAUUUAUGUUAGCAGCAAGGGAUGGCAUUGUUGAGGCUCAUCCAAAGUUGGCGGAACGUAACGAUGCUCCUCGUUAUCGACCAUUUAAGUAUGAAGAUUUAAGGCAGUUCAGAAUCGUCACAGGAAAGAGAAAUGCUGAAGUUCUUGAUCAAUAUCGCAUUGCUUAGUGCGAACACAUCAAACAACACCACUUUACCAUCAAAAAUAAAGUUCCCAAUAACACGAAUCUUCCAAUUGU